GUUGUGUGAGCACGUGAAGUAGGAACCAACCAAGCAAAAGGCGGUUGUCUUUAAGACAAGAGAAUGGCGCACUACUUGGCUUGUAGGAACUUACUGUUUAGGGAGGUUGCCAAGACACAGACAACUGCACCAAUUUGGAAAGAAAUAACGGUCAACACAGGUGGAUCUGAUAGCACUUUACAAGACAUCAAAGUUUCAAACACAUCUGGCGGAUAUGCAUACCAAGACAGCACACAACCAAAUUCGGCAGCAAGCAACAGAUUUAUAUACUGGAGAACUACAGGAGACAUUUUGGAACUGGUGGAACAGUCUUUGGAUUAUAAUUUAAUUGGUUCUCAUGUUCGAUACCGAUUUCAAGACACUCCUUUACUUGGAGGCACCAGUGUCCAUGAACACCAAGGGAAAGUUUAUAUUUUAGUCACAACAGUUGCUAGUGUACACAGACUUGUAUUUCCGCAUCCAAACAAAAUACCCAAGCCCGAAACAGUUUGCUAUCGUUUUGGUGAAGAUUCUAAGGCCCUUUCUAUAUUUGCCGAUGCAUCCCUUACCAGUGCUCAAGAUAGCAGAAAUUUUCACAUGGUCAACCCUGGUGGUAGUUUAACAUCUCAGCUUUAUUGUGCGGCCACUUGCCUUGACUCAGAUGGACAGGCUAUGUUUGCCUUUUCUACUAGCCUUGGAUCAAUUUUGCUCUUCUGUAUGCCUACAAUUGAAAAGCCUGGUGAGGUGACUCGCUUUGAACUUUGUCACUCUAGCAUGAUGCAAAGAAUUUGGAGUGGUUUGGUUCCAAAUAUCAUUAAGGGUUCUUCAGAAACAGCUGAAAAAACACUCAGCAUGGUAAUGGAUGCUGUUGAUGAUGAAGUUUUUAUAUUCUGUGUAUGUAAAGAUCACAAACUGAGAUGGUGGUCAACAAAGACUCAGGAAUGCUUAAUGGUUUUUAAUCUGCUUGAUUUAACUCGUAAUAAACAACAUCCACAUCUUCCAUCUAUUGGCGCUCCUGGUCAUUCAGUGCGGAAAGUGUCUGCUGGAGACCACGUUUUCCCUAGUCUUUGUGUUCACUUAUCUUUUUCUGAUUGCAACCAGUUUUGUUUCAUUGAAUCAUCUUUCAAUGAUGGUAGAUACCAGUUACAUCAUAUUGGUUCGAUAUUUGGACCUUCGGAAGAUUUAACUGAUUUCUGCCUGACUGGAGAUCGUUUAUUAACUCUUUGGAGCAGUAGUUCUGGAGAACCAAUUGCUAGAAUAGCUUUAUUUCCAAGUGAUCAGACUGCUGCGAAAGAAUGGACUGAUGUGAUCUUACAACCUCCAGAAACAGCUGACCUUUGGAUUCCUAAUUACCGUGAUCCUCGAGAUGUUUACAUGGAGAAAAUCUUUUAUCCUGGUUGCUUCAGCACUCAGGACAUUGUACGUGCCCUUAAUGUUUAUAAACGCUCAGUCCAUGUUAGACAAGACACCGUCAGUCUGAUCAGUCUUAAAGAGGAAGUUACAAAUACUGUUGAAACUGAAAUUCGCAAUGCUGCUAUGGAAUACCAACUUGAUGAAGAUGAAUACUGCCAAUUACAACUUGAACACUGGACAAAAUUUUAUUCUUGCUGUGUCCAAUACCAAGAGGUUGAUUCCAAAUGUCUAGGUUUGUUUGUUGAUGAACAGUCAGGACUUAUUUGCUGCAUACGAAAGAAUCAUCUGACUUAUUUUUGUCCCUGUGACAUUGUUGAAGAGCUUUACAUUGGAGAUGGAAAUACUGAAGCCGCUGUUGCCCUCCUCAAUGCUGUAGAAUGCAGAGCAGAGGGCCACAUGGUCACAGAUGUACUACAUGUAUUCAAAUGUAUGCAGCUUAUAGCUGGAGAUAUCAGUGAGGACCUUGGGAGCCAACUGGAAUACGAAGCUUCAGUGACCCUAGACCUUGAACAGGCUGCUGGAAGCUUGGUAGAUUCUUGUUUAGCUUUGAAUGACCUUCUGAUUGACAACAUCAAAUCUCACUUGGAAAAUGUAAUUGAUUUAGUCAAUGCUGUUCGUGUGAUUUCCGCCCAUUUAAACCUCAGCACACUACAACUAGACUCUUUGGAUCUUAAUGAUUCAUCACGUCUCUUGUCACAGAUUGAUUGGGGUCAGCUUUUUGCAAGUAACUGUGCAACAUCUGUCAUUAUUGCACAUAUGGAACAUUUUGUUUGCACUCGUCUAAAUGCCACUCGUGACCUCCUUUUGCUGCUCUUGAUUGCAAUGAAAUGUGGCGACCAGGCUCAUUGUGGAAGUGGACAAUGUUGGUCUCUACAGAUCAAUUUAAUGCCUCAAGUGAUCCUCAAUUUCCGGUGUUACCUUGUUCUGAAGUGGGUGAUGUCUACCGUUGCAUUGCCAAGCCCAGCAAAUACAGUAGAAUUCAACCUAACACAACUGGCAGCACUUGACAUUUCAGAAGCCACAGCACAAACACCGGUAUACACACCACAUAUAGGCUCAGGCCAACCCUCCCUGACAUUGGCAGAACUUUUUCUACGAGGAAUCGGUGGUCUUCAAGUGCGGACGACGUUAAUCAAUAGUAAAAUGUUGAACGAGGAGGUCCCUACUCUGUGGAUAAAUUCUUUAAUUCCUAUCAUCAAAAUUUUAGCCAAACUUUUAUGGCCUGACAGUUUUAGUUUCUUAUUCCCCGAGUUCCUUGUCGGACACUGCCAGUACCUUCACCUGCAGGAAUAUGUGCGUAUGUUGUCUUCGUGGUGCCCCAAGAAUGAACAUUCAAGGAAAUUCCUCCUUGGACAAGCAUACCUUUAUUUCAACGAACCCUACAAGGCUGCACAGUCAUUUGUUGAAGCAGCCGAAGGAUUAAAUAACGGGGAACCAUUUUUGGUACGCAAACUGUUGCAAAUUAAUGACGAUAUGAAUAUUCCGAUGAUGGAAGUAAACUAUUACCUCAAGGUUAUUAACCAGUUUGAACAUUUUCAACAUCCACAUAUAGUAAUUUCACUUGCAGAAGAAGCAAUAUGCAUUGCCAGUGAAUCUGAUCCUAAUAUAGCAACGUUGUAUCUAAAAGUAUUUAAAUAUCAUUUAGAAUUAGGACAUUACGAGAAAGCCUAUAAUGCUAUGGUUACCAAUCCAGAUCCCUCCAGCUGUAAAGAUUGUCUACGACAGUUACUGAAUGUGUUGUGUGACCGCAAGCAGUUAAAUAUUUUGGUCAGAUUUCCCUAUAAUAAUCUCCAGGAAGAGGUGGUGUCUAUCCUAAAGAACCGAGCCCGAUCUGUUGAUUUGUCUUCACACAAUUAUUAUGACCUGUUGUUCUCAAUACAUAUUUCAAGAAAUAGUUACCGAGCUGCUGGCAAUGUAAUGUAUGAACAAGGUCUGCGACUGGGGCAAGAACUCCCAGGGGUUCGUGGUCUUCAACGCCAAGUUCAGUGUUAUUUGGCUGCUAUGCAUGCCUUACGGUUGGCGAAGCCAGAAUAUGCUUGGGUGGUGAAGCCUAUACCAAAUCGUUUAACUCACCCAGCACCUGAAGAAGGAACUUCUCCAAAACAUUAUCUUGAUGGUGAAGAGAAAAUAGAGACAGAUGCUCCGAAACGACAACUUCAGAUAGUUACAAUAGAAGAUCUGGAGAAAGAAUACCUUCUUGUGGAUGCUCGUCUACGUUUAAUUAAAAAAGAUGCAGAUCUAAUGAUAGCAUCAGGCCCUGCCAUACAACCUGAUGAAAUGAUUGGUAUAUUAGUCAGUGUUGGACUUUUUGACAGAGCUAUCAUUAUUUGCAAAGCAUACGAUCUACCCUUAAAUCCAGUGUUUGAAAAUUUGGCUUUACGAUGUGUGACUUUGUCCCUGUGUGAAUCUGACAGUGGAGAUGAAAACAUAACAGAAAAUGCUUGGCAAUGGCUGAAAGAAAAUGAGAUAUCUCAGGUUUUAACUACGAAAGUAUGUAGUGCGUCUGACCAAGCUUGGCUGUUAUUAAAAACUUACUUGAGUAAAUAUGAAGAACCAAAUGCCCGUUAUCAUCGCUGUACUGCAAUAAAACUGCUUUCUCAUAACUACCAACUGCCUACCUGGUUUGUAAAUCCUUACAAGACCCUAGAUGUUGCAGAAUUAAUACGUUUAUAUAUUAGUUUUGACAAAUUAGAAGAAGCUGUUGCUGUUACUCUAGAGUACUUGGAUGCUGUGUUGGGAACAUUGCAGGGCCAAGACAAUCACCUGUACAGACUUAAAGGAUACAUAAUAAACAAACCGUUUUCUUUAUGGAUACCAUUAACAAGUAUUGACCAAAUCUUUGUGACACUCCAAGAAGAAAAUCACAACAGCCGAUAUAAAGAGUUGCACGACUUGUUAAUGACCAGUGUGAACACAUACAAGCGUAAAGUGAUGGAACUAACCCAGUUUGUCAACAGCCAGUGUACAGUCCAGAGUUGAGCCAGUGACCACCAAACCCGGGUCAUCUCAUUUGCUAAUCAGAUCAUUUUAUAUUGUACAAAAUUUAAAAAACAAAACAAAAAACAAUAUCUAGAGUCACAUCUUCAACAUAACAUGUACAUAAAAACCCCCACUGGAAAACAGCAUCAUCAUCAUUCUUUGUUGUUUUUAUUUUUUUUAUUUUUUAUUUUUUUUUUUGUUAAUUAAAAAGAUAUCAAAUA